AUGGCGAACAAGGAGCCCAGCCGAUUCUUCCAGCACUUCCGGGAUGUGGCCGGCCGCAUGUCAUCGUCCGGGGGCCGCGGGGCCGGGCUGGGGGUCAAGCUUCUCCUGGGAGCCGGGGCCCUGGCCUACGGGGUCAAAGAAGCUACCUACACAGUGGAGGGAGGACACAGAGCGAUCAUCUUCAGCCGACUGGGAGGGAUGCAGAUGGACACGGUGCUGGCGGAGGGGCUGCACUUCAGGAUACCAUGGUUCCAGUACCCUAUCAUCUACGACAUCAGGGCCAAACCCAGGAAGAUCUCCUCCCUGACUGGUAGCAAAGAUCUGCAGAUGGUGAACAUCGCGGUGCGUGUGCUGUCGCGGCCCAUUGCGUCCAACCUGCCAAUCAUGUACCAGCAGCUGGGGAAGGACUACGACGAGAGGGUCCUGCCCUCCAUCGUCAACGAGGUCCUGAAGUCUGUGGUCGCCAAGUUCAACGCCUCGCAGCUCAUCACACAGAGAGCACAGCUCAUCACGCAGAGGGCACGGGUACAGCUCAUCACGCAGAGGGCACGGGUACAGCUCAUCACGCAGAGAGCACGGGUACAGAGCUCAUCACGCAGAGAGCACGGGUACAGAGCUCAUCACGCAGAGAGCACGGGUACAGAGCUCAUCACGCAGAGAGCACGGGUACAGAGCUCAUCACGCAGAGAGCACGGGUACAGAGCUCAUCACGCAGAGAGCACGGGUACAGAGCUCAUCACGCAGAGAGCACGGGUACAGAGCUCAUCACGCAGAGAGCACGGGUACAGAGCUCAUCACGCAGAGAGCACGGGUACAGAGCUCAUCACGCAGAGAGCACGGGUACAGAGCUCAUCACGCAGAGAGCACGGGUACAGAGCUCAUCACGCAGAGAGCACGGGUACAGAGCUCAUCACGCAGAGAGCACGGGUACAGAGCUCAUCACGCAGAGAGCACGGGUACAGAGCUCAUCACGCAGAGAGCACGGGUACAGAGCUCAUCACGCAGAGAGCACGGGUACAGAGCUCAUCACGCAGAGAGCACGGGUACAGAGCUCAUCACGCAGAGAGCACGGGUACAGAGCUCAUCACGCAGAGAGCACGGGUACAGAGCUCAUCACGCAGAGAGCACGGGUACAGAGCUCAUCACGCAGAGAGCACGGGUACAGAGCUCAUCACGCAGAGAGCACGGGUACAGAGCUCAUCACGCAGAGAGCACGGGUACAGAGCUCAUCACGCAGAGAGCACGGGUACAGAGCUCAUCACGCAGAGAGCACGGAGCUCAUCACGCAGAGAGCACGGGUACAGAGCUCAUCACGCAGAGAGCACGGGUACAGAGCUCAUCACGCAGAGAGCACGGGUACAGAGCUCAUCACGCAGAGAGCACGGGUACAGAGCUCAUCACGCAGAGAGCACGGGUACAGAGCUCAUCACGCAGAGAGCACGGGUACAGAGCUCAUCACGCAGAGAGCACGGGUACAGAGCUCAUCACGCAGAGAGCACGGGUACAGAGCUCAUCACGCAGAGAGCACGGGUACAGAGCUCAUCACGCAGAGAGCACGGGUACAGAGCUCAUCACGCAGAGAGCACGGGUACAGAGCUCAUCACGCAGAGAGCACGGGUACAGAGCUCAUCACGCAGAGAGCACGGGUACAGAGCUCAUCACGCAGAGAGCACGGGUACAGAGCUCAUCACGCAGAGAGCACGGGUACAGAGCUCAUCACGCAGAGAGCACGGGUACAGAGCUCAUCACGCAGAGAGCACGGGUACAGAGCUCAUCACGCAGAGAGCACGGGUACAGAGCUCAUCACGCAGAGAGCACGGGUACAGAGCUCAUCACGCAGAGAGCACGGGUACAGAGCUCAUCACGCAGAGAGCACGGGUACAGAGCUCAUCACGCAGAGAGCACGGGUACAGAGCUCAUCACGCAGAGAGCACGGGUACAGAGCUCAUCACGCAGAGAGCACGGGUACAGAGCUCAUCACGCAGAGAGCACGGGUACAGAGCUCAUCACGCAGAGAGCACGGGUACAGAGCUCAUCACGCAGAGAGCACGGGUACAGAGCUCAUCACGCAGAGAGCACGGGUACAGAGCUCAUCACGCAGAGAGCACGGGUACAGAGCUCAUCACGCAGAGAGCACGGGUACAGAGCUCAUCACGCAGAGAGCACGGUACAGAGCUCAUCACGCAAGAGCACGGGUACAGAGCUCAUCACGCAGAGAGCACGGGUACAGAGCUCAUCACGCAGAGAGCACGGGUACAGAGCUCAUCACGCAGAGAGCACGGGUACAGAGCUCAUCACGCAGAGAGCACGGGUACAGAGCUCAUCACGCAGAGAGCACGGGUACAGAGCUCAUCACGCAGAGAGCACGGGUACAGAGCUCAUCACGCAGAGAGCACGGGUACAGAGCUCAUCACGCAGAGAGCACGGGUACAGAGCUCAUCACGCAGAGAGCACGGGUACAGAGCUCAUCACGCAGAGAGCACGGGUACAGAGCUCAUCACGCAGAGAGCACGGGUACAGAGCUCAUCACGCAGAGAGCACGGGUACAGAGCUCAUCACGCAGAGAGCACGGGUACAGAGCUCAUCACGCAGAGAGCACGGGUACAGAGCUCAUCACGCAGAGAGCACGGGUACAGAGCUCAUCACGCAGAGAGCACGGGUACAGAGCUCAUCACGCAGAGAGCACGGGUACAGAGCUCAUCACGCAGAGAGCACGGGUACAGAGCUCAUCACGCAGAGAGCACGGGUACAGAGCUCAUCACGCAGAGAGCACGGGUACAGAGCUCAUCACAGAGAGCACGGUACAUCAUCACGCAGAGAGCACGGGUACAGAGCUCAUCACGCAGAGAGCACGGGUACAGAGCUCAUCACGCAGAGAGCACGGGUACAGAGCUCAUCACGCAGAGAGCACGGGUACAGAGCUCAUCACGCAGAGAGCACGGGUACAGAGCUCAUCACGCAGAGAGCACGGGUACAGAGCUCAUCACGCAGAGAGCACGGGUACAGAGCUCAUCACGCAGAGAGCACGGGUACAGAGCUCAUCACGCAGAGAGCACGGGUACAGAGCUCAUCACGCAGAGAGCACGGGUACAGAGCUCAUCACGCAGAGAGCACGGGUACAGAGCUCAUCACGCAGAGAGCACGGGUACAGAGCUCAUCACGCAGAGAGCACGGGUACAGAGCUCAUCACGCAGAGAGCACGGGUACAGAGCUCAUCACGCAGAGAGCACGGGUACAGAGCUCAUCACGCAGAGAGCACGGGUACAGAGCUCAUCACGCAGAGAGCACGGGUACAGAGCUCAUCACGCAGAGAGCACGGGUACAGAGCUCAUCACGCAGAGAGCACGGGUACAGAGCUCAUCACGCAGAGAGCACGGGUACAGAGCUCAUCACGCAGAGAGCACGGGUACAGAGCUCAUCACGCAGAGAGCACGGGUACAGAGCUCAUCACGCAGAGAGCACGGGUACAGAGCUCAUCACGCAGAGAGCACGGGUACAGAGCUCAUCACGCAGAGAGCACGGGUACAGAGCUCAUCACGCAGAGAGCACGGGUACAGAGCUCAUCACGCAGAGAGCACGGGUACAGAGCUCAUCACGCAGAGAGCACGGGUACAGAGCUCAUCACGCAGAGAGCACGGGUACAGAGCUCAUCACGCAGAGAGCACGGGUACAGAGCUCAUCACGCAGAGAGCACGGGUACAGAGCUCAUCACGCAGAGAGCACGGGUACAGAGCUCAUCACGCAGAGAGCACGGGUACAGAGCUCAUCACGCAGAGAGCACGGGUACAGAGCUCAUCACGCAGAGAGCACGGGUACAGAGCUCGUAUCACGCAGAGAGCACGGGUACAGAGCUCGUAUCACGCAGAGAGCACGGGUACAGAGCUCGUAUCACGCAGAGAGCACGGGUACAGAGCUCGUAUCACGCAGAGAGCACGGGUACAGAGCUCGUAUCACGCAGAGCGGUACGACUCGUAUCACGCAGAGAGCACGGGUACAGAGCUCGUAUCACGCAGAGAGCACGGGUACAGAGCUCGUAUCACGCAGAGAGCACGGGUACAGAGCUCGUAUCACGCAGAGAGCACGGGUACAGAGCUCGUAUCACGCAGAGAGCACGGGUACAGAGCUCGUAUCACGCAGAGAGCACGGGUACAGAGCUCGUAUCACGCAGAGAGCACGGGUACAGAGCUCGUAUCACGCAGAGAGCACGGGUACAGAGCUCGUAUCACGCAGAGAGCACGGGUUUCCCUCCUGGUGCGGCGGGAGCUGGUGGAACGGGCCAAAGACUUCAACAUCAUCCUGGACGACGUGUCCAUCACUGAGCUCAGCUUCAGCAGCCAGUACACCGCCGCUGUGGAGGCCAAGCAAGUCGCCCAGCAGGAGGCGCAGCGAGCACAGUUCUACGUGGAGAAGGCCAAACAGGAUCAGAGGCAGAAGAUCAUCCAGGCAGAAGGAGAGGCUGAGGCGGCCAAGAUGUUGGGUCAAGCUGUGACCAAGAAUCCUGGUUACCUCAAACUGAGAAGGAUCCGCGCAGCACAGAACAUCGCCAAAACGAUGUCCUCGUCACAAAACAAGAUUUACCUGAACGCCGACAGUUUGGUACUGAACCUGCAGGACUCAGCCACGUUUGCAGAUAUGGCUCUGGCUCGGAAGUGA